AUGUACGCGUUCAUGCAGAGCUCUGUGUACUGUUGCAUAAUGGAAGCAAAUGAUCAAGUAUCCAGUAAAAAGUAUGCUGCCGAUAUAUCCUCAAUAAGAGAAGCACAAGAGCGCAUCAGCUCACUUGUACACAGAACUCCCGUCUUGUCCUCGGAAACUCUAAAUUCUAUAUCUGGAAGAAAGCUACACUUUAAAUGUGAAUGUUUCCAAAAAGGUGGAGCUUUUAAAUUUAGAGGGGCCUGCAAUGCUGUAUUUUCACUUGCCAAUGAUCAGGCAACUAAAGGUGUUGUAACACAUAGCAGUGGUAAUCAUGCUGCAGCACUUUCUUUGGCUGCAAAACUAAGGGGAAUACCUGCAUAUGUAGUCAUCCCAAAAAAUGCUCCAAAAUGUAAAGUUGAGAAUGUCAUACGUUAUGGUGGCCAGAUUUUCUGGAGUGAGGUGACUGUACAAUCUAGGGAGGAAAUGGCCGCAAAGGUUUUGCAAGACACUGGAGCUGUUCUUGUUCACCCAUUCAAUGAUGCACGCAUCAUAAGUGGACAGGGCACCAUAUCUCUGGAGCUUCUGGAGCAGGCCCCUCAAAUCGACACUAUAAUUGUUCCAAUUAGUGGAGGUGGUUUAAUAUCAGGGGUGGCAUUAGCUGCCAAAUCUAUUAACCCUGCAAUUCGGAUAUUGGCUGCCGAACCAAAGGGAGCAGAUGAUGCUGCUCGAUCCAAAGCAGCUGAUCAUAUUGUGACAUUACCCGAGACCAAGACCGUAGCUGAUGGCCUUCGAGCUUUUCUUGGAAGCCUCACAUGGCCUGUUGUUCGAGAUUUGGUUGAUGACAUCAUACUCGUCUCAGAUAAAGAGAUAAUAGACGCAAUGAGACUCUGUUACGAAAUUUUGAAGGUUGCAGUGGAGCCAAGUGGGGCCAUAGGACUGGCAGCUGUUUUGUCCGAUGGUUUCAAAAAAAACCCUGCUUGGGAGGAUUGCAACAAUGUUGGCAUUAUAAUUUCAGGAGGCAAUGUUGAUUUAGGGGUGCUCUGGGAUGCCUUGAUUAAGUGA